AUGACUCUUUUCCCCAACAGUAGACUUGUCUAUGGAAAGGAUGACGCCUUGUUUGGGGCGAUCGAGCAACAACAAGGUGACAAGCCCUUUGGCGCAUUUUUGGACGCUGGAACCGGGAUGCAUUCCUUGCGAUGGAUGGCUACGCUAAAAAACCUGGGGAUGACUAGAUUCAAAGCCAUCACUGCAGACGAAGAAAUGCGGCGAAGAGUUCAAACAGAGGCCGACUCAUUGAACAUGUCGGAUGAUGGAGAUGUUGUCAUUGGCAACUGGUUUGGCAAUAGGCUGCCCGUUCCUGUUGAUGAAAAGUAUGAUACAAUACUGGCGGACUACCUCAUCGGAGCAAUGGAUGGUUUUUCUCCCUAUAAGCAAGACCAGAUGAUUUCAAUGCUAUCCUCUUACUUGAAUCCUGGAGGAAAGCUGUAUAUCGUCGGUCUGGAACCCAUUCCAGAUUACGCAGAUGGUGAUGGGAACAUAAUAUGCAAGGUUCGACAGAUAAGGGAUGCUUGUAUCUUGCUUGCUGGCCACAGAUGCUAUAGGGAAUAUCCAGUAGAAUGGAUUCAACGACAGGUCACUAAUAUCCCAGAGUUGACACUCCUCAAUACGACAACUUUCCCGAUACUGUAUUCGCACCAGACUAUCGUCAAUCAAAUCAACGUUGGGAGAUCAAAGUUCGAAUCUUUCCCUUCGCCAGAGCUAGCUGAAGAGAUGAAGAAAGUCUUGGAUGAUCUCGAGCGCCAAAGCUUGGCCGCCACGAGUAACAAAAAGCGUGUAAAGCUGGGCUUUGAUUAUGUUGUUACAGCUGUAAAGGCAGAAUCUACAUAA